CCAUCUCGCCCGCUCUUUCCUCCAGGAUGUCCCAGGCCGGAGCAGUCAUGUGCUUCCACCCUGAGGGAGACCACGCCAUGUCCCCUCAGCGCUUUGCCCGAGAGCUGAAGAGGAGGCCUUGGCUGUCGCCGUCCAAGAAUGCGGAACCUGCUGCCUUGAACCCCCAGCACUGCCUCACGCCCAACCUCAACGCCGGCAGGAUCCACCUCCUCCGCAAGGGGCUCACCGUGGAGGCCAAGCGCUCCCAACUGGGCAUGUAUAACAGCACCGGCUCCCUCAUCCGGAAGGUCACGGAGAUGGGUUACCUUGGCAACAGCAACUGCCCCAACUCAGGGAGAGUGACAGCUCCAUGCACACCGCUGAGGAGCAGGCCUCCGCCCUCGCUGGGCUCCCCAGGCAGCCGCAUCCCCCUGGUGGCCUCAGCCCCCGGCGGUCAAAGCUCUGUGGUGACCUUCCGCUUCAUCGAGAAGGCCAGCGUCAAAACUUUAAAUGGCCUCCCUCUGGUGGAGUCCAGGAAGGAGAGUGGCUUGAGCAGGAGUCUGGAGCUCGGGGAAGCCCUCCAUUUCGGAAGCCCGGCAAGGAAGCAGGGAAGCGGUUGCCCCGUGGCCCAAAAUCCGCAUUCCCCACAGCGUAACGCCGCAGUGUCCCCGGAGCCUGUCGCUCAAGAGGCAAGCGAGAGCAUCAAAGUGAAGACGAAUGAGUCCGUCUUGGCCGGUACUGGCCCUGCUGUUGAACAGGCACCACUGGCCCUCAGUGGUAAAGGCCAGGAGCACCUUAGUCACAAGCUGAAGCUGGAGACAUCUGCUUCAGACCCUCUCCUGGCUGGAAACAGGUUCCUUUUGGGAGCGCAGUCUUCCCUGAGCCUGGGCAAUGGGAGCCCACAUUCUCUCAAUGCCAACUGCCUCUCCAGCUCCCUUACCAACGGCAUGAUCAGCCCUUCCAACGACAUCUCAGCGCUACGGAGAAGCCCACAGAGCGGGGAGUCCCAGUACCAGGGGAGUCCAUGGGCAUAUUCCCGAGAGAGCUCUGCCCACGCCCAGCGCAUCGCCAAGGCUAAGUGGGAAUUCUUCUAUGGCUCCCUGGACCCUCCUGGAACAGGGAUGCGUCCUCAUAACACACCCGACCCUCCACCUCAGCAGCUCAAGAAAUCCAGCCACCAGAUUCAGCCAAAGCCAGAUUGGACGGGACCCGAGCAUAGCUUGUGCCACGUGGAGGUGGAAAUUGAGAUGGCUCCACCAGGCAGUGCAAAACCUGGAAACUGUGAAACGGGGAUUAUCCGCAGAACCAUAAAGUACUCGGAGACAGACUUGGAUUCUGUCCCUUUGAGGUGCUACCACGAGACCAACAUUGAUGAUAUCUUGGCUGAGAAAGAUGAAGCGGAUUCCGCCAUCGAGAGCCAGAAAGACAGCGAGAGCAAUCCAAGUUUCACGGGAAUCUUGGGGAAAGGGUGUGCUGUUCCAGGAGACCCCUUUGCUCAGCACACAAGAGAAGAUGAUGACAAGUGUCUGAGAAACAAGACACAGGACAUUGAAGAUGACGAGGUAUUCGAAGCCAUCCAACAGCAUCAGGAGAGGAUCAUCAACAGAGACGCCCAAGGGCUGCUCAAGUCCCCUGUGCCCUUUCUCCUCGGACACAGCCUCUCCAGGGACGGCAUGGAUUCGUUCAGCAGGCAUUUUGAGAGCAUCAUGGAGUCUCACCGAGCCAAAGGGACCUCUUACACCAGCCUCGACUCCAUUGACAUCCUGUCCUCCCCGGCCCAAACGCACAGCGGAACGUACUUCACCUUCGACCUCCCAACUCUCACCCCGGAAGUACAAGAGCAAAUUCGAGACAGUGCCAAGCUCAUUGAGCAGAACUUCGCCCCCCUGGCCCACCUGGAGCCAGACUCUGGGACAAGCUCCGCCACGGAUGCCCCCUGGACCGAGCGAGAGGAGGAGCCGAGACAAGGCGGGGAAGGCAGCCUGCAGAGUCCCUGUCACUCCGAUGACAGCCUAGGAAUUCCCCUGGCCUCCAUCAUAAGUGAACAUCCUCUCAGCCAGCUGGUCUCUGACUCUGAUUCCGAGAUGGACAGCACAGAGCAACUCGCCCUGGGCAGCACAGACACCCUCUCCAAUGGGCACAAGGCUGAUCUGGAGGCCGCUAAACGCCUGGCCAAGAGGCUCUACAACUUGGAUGGCUUCAAAAAGGCAGACGUGGCCCGCCACCUGGGGAAGAAGUACGUUAACGAUUUUAGUAAGAUGGUAGCAAGCGAGUACCUCAAGUUCUUUGAAUUCACUGGAAUGAGUCUGGAUCAAGCGCUUAGAUCUUUUCUAAAGGAGCUGGCCCUCAUGGGUGAGACUCAGGAGCGGGAGAGAGUCCUGGCUCAUUUUUCGCAGCGUUAUUAUGAGUGCAACCCCAAGGCCAUCUCUUCUGAGGAUGGAGCCCACACUCUGACCUGCGCCUUGAUGCUCCUAAACACAGACCUCCACGGCCAUAACAUUGGGAAGCGGAUGUCCUGCUCGGAUUUCAUUGGGAACCUGGAAGGACUCAACGAAGGCAGUGACUUCCCCCGGGAACUGCUCAAGGCUUUGUAUAGCUCCAUCAAGAAUGAAAAGCUACAGUGGGCUAUAGACGAAGAGGAACUGCGCAAGUCGCUUUCCGAACUGGCAGACCCCAACCCCAAGUCCAUCAAGCGCAUCAGCAGCUGCAGCAACCCUUUCCUGGAUUUCUCGCAGGAUCCCAGCAUUGCUACAUACAAGCACAGCCUCCUCGUGCGCAAGAGCCACGCCGAGCCGGAUUGCAAAAAGACCCCAAGAGGGAAGCGGGGGUGGAAGACUUUCCACGCGAUCCUGAAGGGCAUGAUCCUGUAUCUACAGAAGGAGGAGUACAAGCCUGGCAAGGCCCUGGCCGAGGAGGAACUGAAGAAUGCCAUCAGCAUCCACCACUCCCUGGCCACCCAAGCAUCGGACUACAACAAGAGGCCCAACGUCUUCUACCUCAGAACGGCUGACUGGAGAGUCUUCCUCUUCCAGGCCCAAAACACGGAGCAAAUGAAUUCCUGGAUCACACGCAUCAAUGUGGUGGCAGCCAUGUUCUCCGCACCCCCGUUCCCAGCUGCUAUUGGGUCUCAGAAGAAAUUUAGCCGCCCACUGCUGCCCAGCUCCACCACACGGCUGUCUCAGGAGGAGCAAGUAAAGAGUCAUGAGGCCAAAUUCAAAGCCAUGGCAGCAGAGCUGCUUGAGCACCGCUCCUCCCUGCCAGAGAAGAAGGUCAAGGGCAAGGAGUACGAAGAGCUGAAGCAAAAGGAGGAGUACCUGAUAUUCGAGAAAACGCGCUAUGGGAUCUAUGCUACCCUGAUGCGGGCCAAGCUGAAGACAGGCUCUGAGGACCUCACGGUGCUAGAGGCCGCCCUGUUUGAAACAGCAGCCGGCGCAGAGAACAAUGUCAAAAAGUCGCAGUCCAUCCCUUCCCUGAGCCAGGAGCCGGUCGGCGGGGGACCCAGGAUCAAGCGCAGUAGCCGACAAGCUGCCAGCGGUCUGCAGAAGUCCUAGAAGGGUCAGGGGCCUGCCAGGAGGGUGCCGUGCCCGUUCUACAAACCUGCAUGAUUUCGUUCUCGGUGGCCGGGAGCCGCACCACAGAAGGCCCGAGGCCUCUUCUUCGCUGUGGGACAGAGCCUGUUAUCCAGGAGGAGGGGCGACCACAGUUCCAGCGUGCGCAGCCUUCCUGGUCUCGUGCGUGAGUGAAGCGACCAAAAACCCUCGUGCGACAAAAACCACAGGGCUGUUUUCCAAACCACACACAGCGGCAAGAACCUUCCUUUCUCCCCACCCCCUGCGCCACCCCCCCCAUUUCUUGCAAAAGUGAGAAGGGGUGGAAAGGGCUGAAUCCUGGCUGCCUCCACCCCCACCCCCCCACUUUUCCUUGCCCGUUUCUUACCGUUUUUGUGAUAAUAUUUUACAUUUUUUUAGUACCCGGCAACACUGAAUCACACUGGCGACAGAUAAAAAAAAGACACUUGCUUCGUUUAAGCAGGGACCGUUUGGCCCAGAGCUCGGGGUGGGGCAAGCACCCCGAUCCCUCCUGCAGACAUGACGCUUGCACUGGCUGCCUACAGGAGCACAAGCAACUCCUGCACGGAUGCCCAAUUCAUUCUUCACCACCAGCAGCUGUCCACCAGCACAAGCUGGGCCUCGAGUCACCCUGAUACUUGUUCGGGGCUUGGGGGGGUUGCCCUUUGGCUUCAAGGGACCAGCACUUAACAGGGUAACCAGGGACAACGGAUGCCUCCCGGGUGGCAGCCUGACAAAGCCAUAGUAGGGGUGGGGGACCCCCCCCCCAAGAGCACACCCCCUCUAAUCCCUCCUCCUCCCCCCUAUGGAGAUCACUGUGGAUGAUGAGCAUGCUGGCCUCUUUUUCGGCCUAGUUGAUGUGGGGCUUAAACAAUGCAGGGGCCAGAACUGAGUGGCCCGUAGUCCUAGCCAGAAUACAUAUAGAUUAAUCUCACAAGGGUGGGUGGAGGGUUCUGAAAUUGCCAGGAGCAUUUCCACCCCCUCAACCAGUGUUUCCUCAAACUUGGGUCCCCGCCGCCUGUUGCUGGAGAUGAUGGGAGUUGUAUUCCAGCAACAGCCAGGGACCCAAGUUUAAGAAAACACGGCAACCCCCCUGGCUGCACACAGCCGGCCUGCUCCUUCUCACUUGUCACUUCAAAGGGCUUUAAGGCUGUGGCUCCAAUACUUGCUUAAAACAGCAGGAGAUGGGUUAAAGAAAGCCCCAGGUGACAGUCGGGCGGGGGGGGGCAGGAAUGGGACAAAAGCAAAUGGGAAAUUCUGCAGAUGUAAAGAAGGGCAAAGUGGGGGGGGGAGAGAGCAGGGGACUGGCUGGCUGUUUCCAACACUGACUCUCUGAAUGUGUCAAUUUUUUAUUCUGCUCUUGAAUUGACUGUAAAAAAACAAACCUAAAAGAGCUCUGUACAGUUUCUUCCUUUAAUUACCUAAGUAAAACUUAUUCAAGCACCUUCA